UGAUGCUUAUUGACAUUCACACUUUUGGGUUUCCACAGGGCACGUGAGGCCCACGGAUCUCUGGGGAGAUGGAGUUCUCCUGCCUCUCCUUCUGGCAGCCUUAUGCAGGCUUGGUCUUAAAUGGGGUCAUGACUCUGGAGACUCGUUGGCAACUAGUGAGCAGCCACAGGAACUGCACCAUCGCCAUUCACAUUGUUCACAGGGACUGGGAAGAUGCUCUCUGGCUGGAGCUGCUGCUGGAGAGGCUGGGAUGGAACCCCAUGCAGAUUCAGGCUCUGCUCAGUGAAGAGAACUAUGGGCAAGGAGUGAUUGCUGGGCUCCUUGACUUGGGGGAAUCUUUGCGCCCAGUAAACGUGGCUCCUGAGGAGGUUGUGGAACUGGAAACGCAGGCUGUACUGACCACCCUGAAGCAGAAGUACCCAAGGGCACUUUCAAACCCCAGGUGGUUACUAGAG